AUGAAAAAGGCAUUAGAUCAAGAAGCAUUUGGAGAUGAGAAGGAUUCCCUUGUUCCAGAGACUCCAACAUUUGGUGAUGAGAAAGAAUCCCCUGUUCUAGAGACUCCAACAUUUGGAGAUGAGAAAGAAUCCCUUGUUCUAGAGACUCCAACAUUUGGAGAUGAGAAGGAAUCCCCUGUUCUAGAGACUCCAACAUUUGGAGAUGAGAAAGAAUCCCCUGUUCUAGAGACUCCAACAUUUGGAUAUGAGAAAGAAUCCCUUGUUCUAGAGACUCCAACAUUUGGAGAUGAUAAGGAAUCCCCUGUUCUAGAGACUCCAACAUUUGGAGAUGAGAAAGAACCCCUUGUUCUAGAGACUCCAACAUUUGGAGAUGAGAAAGAAUCCCUUGUUCUAGAGACUCCAACAUUUGGAGAUGAGAAGGAAUCCUCUGUUCUAGAGACUCCAACAUUUGGAGAUGAGAAGGAAUCCCCUGUUCUAGUGUCUCCAACAUUUGGAGAUGAGAAAGAACCCCUUGUUCUAGAGACUCCAACAUUUGGAGAUGAGAAAGAAUCCCUUGUUCUAGAGACUCCAACAUUUGGAGAUGAGAAGGAAUCCCCUGUUCUAGAGACUCCAACAUUUGGAGAUGAGAAGGAAUCCCCUGUUCUAGAGACUCCAACAUUUGGAGAUGAGAAGGAAUCCCCUGUUCUAGAGACUCCAACAUUUGGAGAUGAGAAAGAAUCCCUUGUUCCAGAGACUCCAACAUUUGGAGAUGAGAAGGAAUCCCUUUUUCUAGAGAUUCCAACGAAUUUGAAGAAAGAUAGCCAUACAUCGGAAAAGCUCUUGAUGGAUGAAAAAAUAGCAACACCAAUUGGAGAUACCGAAGUCGUAGAAGUCAACAAGGAUCUAAAGAUAACACUUGAGCUUUUGAAUAAGGAUGAUAAGUAUGGUGAUGAUGAAGAUGACAUUGCUGAUGAUGAUGAUGAUGACUGCAUAUUUGGGCCAAGAAAGCUAUUCUUCUUUGGCAUAGAUUAUUUUAAGGAUGCUGGAAAAGCUGUGUGGCGAAAAGAAUCAAGAGAGAAAGAAUGCAACAGAUAAAACUUAACGAAACUACUUAAGAAAGAAUUUUUUCUCACAAAAAUAAAAUUUAUACCAGAACUAAAGGUUUUUUUUUGUUUUUAUUUUGAAGACAUAUGUAGAGAAGCAUCAUUGAUUAGGUCCCUUGCAAAAUCUUCCAUGCAGUGACUGAUGAAGCAAAUCUGUAUUGGA